AUGACGACGCUCGCACAACUGAAACGGAAGACGAAGGCGGAGCUCGUCGUCGAGCUCGAGCAACGCGGGCUGGACACGGCCGGGAACAAGGAUGACCUCGUGACGCGCCUCAAGGAGGCCAUGGACUCGGCUCCCGCCGAUCAUGACGACAUUGCUGCAGACCUCGACGCGGAGAUCGAGGGCGACACCGCCCCGGCCCCGGCCCCGGCCGCCCAGGCCCCGGCGCCCGCCGCGGCCACCCCUGAGCCAGCAGCGGAUGCCACCCCCGCCGCGGCCGCGGACGCCGCCGCGAACGCGGACGUCGGCAAGCUGCAGGAGCGCGCCAAGCGCUUCGGCGUCAACGGCGGGGCGAUGACGGAGGAGCAGAAGAAGAAGGCCCGCGCAAUGAGAUUCGAAGGUGGCAAGUCUCUGGACACGAUGAUCAAGGAGGGCAAGGGCAGGGGGAAGGGCAAGGGCAAGGGCGGCCAGGAGGCGAAGGCGGCGGGCAAGGACGCGGCUGGCAACGGGGCAGCGGCGGCGGACCCGUUGGCAGGGCUCAGUGACGAGCAGCUGGAGAAGAUGAAGGCGCGCGCGGGGCGGUUCGGGGCGAGCACGUCCGGCGUGCUCAAGCAGGCGGAGAAGCGCGAGCUCGAGGCGGCCAUGCAGGCCAAGAUGGACGAGCGGGCGAAACGGUUCAAGGCAUGA